AUGGCUAGAAAACCUAAUGGCGCCACUCCCAACAACGGCCAGGCUAAACGGCCUGGUGCUCAAGCAACUCGUUUCAAACUCGGUCAGGAACACAUCAAGCACAUCAACUCGUACAUGCCACAGUUCAAACAGCAAGUUUAUGCCCUUGAUCCCCAGUUGAAAGGCAAUUUCUUUGCCGAUAUUCAAGGCUGCAUCCCCACGGAAUCAGCCGCACAGAGUGACCUGACCUCCCUCACCACUGAUAGCUUGGAUGACUGUGACGAUGGUGGGGCCAAACCGAAGGCCGAAACCUACACCGCCUGGGUCCAGGCAAUCAUGCGACGCUUUACAAACUACUUCACUCAUCAUAUUGUCAACAAGGAAGGAAGGCAUUCCGGCAGCGGCAAUGGGGCAUCGCCAGAGGUGGAACAAAAACUGGACACAAUGAUUCAAAGUGCCACCGCCAUCUUCAUGGGCGAUUUCUCUCCACGUGAACUAUUUGCCAGAGAGAAUGAGGAUGCCAUCAAAUCAAAGAUGCAAGAGCUUUCGGUAGAGUUCCCGGCGCUCAUGGGUGGUGGUCUGAGGAACAAAGCGGUGGCUGCCCUUUGGGCUACGGCAGAUCAGGACCUUUGGAAAGCGAAGGCUAAGGAGCUUCUCGCUGAUGUCAACAUGAAUCGUGAACAUUUCCCUCUACUUAUGGCAAGGUUCCUCAAGACGCUCUGCUCUCGUGGCUGUGUUGGGACUGUCUAUACCAGUUUUUCCUAUGCAGUCAGGAGCACCGACGAUGGGAUUAAGGCCCUCACAGUCUAUGCCGGUUUUGACAGCACCAAGAAAGCGCUUUUGGCACUGAAGCCAAACAACCACGAGGCACAGGCUGAUGCGUGGGUCAGCAGCGCCGAUUCAGUUCUCCCUCGAAAGUUCCAUGCACCCACCCUUGAACCACUUCCCUUGAACAAUGAUGGUCUUCCCCUCUUGCCUUGUGUGGACUCGAAGUCUGCCACUCCGUCUCAGUUGAUCAAACUCCUGACUGCAUAUCUCAACGCCGUGUGGGCAUUUUCAUGGUCUGCCAAGCUGGGUACGGUGCCACCCAUACCUUGGAAAAAGGUGGCAUUAAAACCUCAAGACUAUUAUGACACUACGAAGUACCCAUUCCCAGUGUCCCUCAAAGAUCCGAAGAGCUACGAGACCAUGCCUGGCAACGUCUACAUCCUCUUCGGUUUCCUCUCAGCACUCUCACCCCCAUUCAUGUUUCAAUUGCAUCAGGAACCAUCCAACAUCUCCGUGCAGACUCAGUCUUCCACCUUAUCUCCAACACCUCCCAAAGUCGCGCCCUCUACGUCAUCAGACCCACAAAUCCCACUUCAAGUCGCGAGUAGCCCUGAGACCAGCAUAACCCUCAGUGAACACGCAGAAGCUAUGACUGUGACAAUCGGACCUGGAGAUCCUUUCCAUGCUAUCCAGAAUCUCAUUGCGGAGGUGCCUGAGGUGGGCAGUGCUGCCCUGACACCUGGGUUAUCAGUUGCACCUCAAGCUACUCUACCAGCACCUUCGGUCGCUCCCAAGUCCACGUGUCCAGGUCGGCCACCAAAAGACAAGAAAAACAAGGAUCCCAGUCCUUCUGACAGGUCGUCUGGGAGACGCUCACUUUAUGCAAGAGAGAAGCCCACAGAAGCUGUAAACAGCGCAAAGGUUGAUUCUAGUUCAAAGAGGGCGUUGGAUAGUGCUCGGUGUGAGACAGGUGGGCGAAAGAAGCGCAAGAAACACAUCGGCUGGGCCUACAUUGAUGAACAGGGCAAUGAGGUCGAUGAGGAGAUCGCUCUCGCUGCAUAG